UAGACCUGGACACUAUAUUUCUGUUGAUGCAGCCUAGAACAGCAUUAGCUUUUUGUUGUUGCUGCUGCAUCAAACUGUUAACUCAUGUUAAGCUUUUGGUCCACUAAGACCCCCUAGGUCCUUUUAUGUACUACUGGCAAUCCAAAUAUCCUUCAUCUUCUAUUUGUUCAGCUGGGUCUUCCUGCCUAAGUGCAGAACAUUACAGUUGUCCCUAUUGAAAUCCAUUUUGUUAGUUUUGGCCAAGUUCUCAAAUCUGUUACAGUCAUAUUGAAUCCUGAUUCUGUCCUCAGCAGCAUUGGUUACCCCUCCCAGUUUGGUGUCAUCUGCAAAUUUGAUGAGCAUCCCCUCAAUACCUUUAUCCAAUAAAUAGAUAGCAAUUUCACUCUUCAGCUUAAAUCUUUGCAAGAAAAAGUGGCUUGAUUUCUUCCUCUGUCCCUCACCUCCUCCACCACAAGAGACCUUUGCUGUGCUGUGGGACCAUUUGAAUGUAGACCUUUCUAUUUCCAGUUUGAGUCUCGUCCCCCCAGUACACACAAGCAAGAUGUCGCCAUAUAAGUUGGUCUGUGCCAGUGGCCAGGGGUCAAUUUCUGCCCUUAGCUUCUGUUAAGAAUCUGUGAACAUAUGAAGAACCCUGCAGGAUCGGGCCAAUGGGGGCCCAUCUAGUCCAGCAUCCUGUUCUCACAGUAGCCAAUCAGAUGCCCGAGCAGAAGAGCUGGUAUUAUUUAGUAUCUGGUGUUUGGAGGUAGAAUACAACCAUCAUGGCUAGUAGCCAUUGAUAACCAUGACUCCAUGAAUUUAUCCAGUUCUCUUUUAAAUCCAUCCAAGUUGAUGGCCAUCACCAUCUCCUGUGGUAGGGAGUUCCACAGUUUAACAUCGUGGUGUAUGAAGACGGACUUUCUUUUGCCUGUUCCAAAUCUCCCAAUAUCCGGCUUCACUGGAUAGCCCCGAGUCCUAGAUUUACAAGAGAGGAAAGGAAAUGUCUCCCUGUCACUUGGAGAACCUGGGGCUUCUUUGGAGGGGAGGGGAGUGGGGUAUGCCUGCCCCUUCCCAGAUGCCUUGUGACUUCCAAUGGGGCUGACACCAGGUGUGCCAGUUGAUGGCUUCUGGCUUCCAUGGGGCUGCUGGUGGGAUUUUGCAUGGUCUUGGAGAUAUGUAUUGGGAGUCUCAACAUUCAUAACCUGUGUGUGUUUGUAAGGGCAAGUUGCAAUUGUUGAGCAUUUCAUCUUGGGACAGAAAACACAGAGCAGAAGGCAUAUAAGGGCAUGACUGACGAGGGAGAAUCAUCUAAUGAAGGUCGCCUCCACUCCAUCAGCCACCUCCUGCAACUCCCAGAGGCCGCAUCCCAGAAGGAGGUUGUCCUCUGCAUUGUGAAGGCUGCUCGCAGCCAGCCAGCUGCCAUGAUACCGCUUCUCGUGGUGAUGCUCCAGCAGGACGAGGCUUCUGCCUGGCAGAAGGUGGCCAUCUAUCGCAGUCUGCAGGCCAUGAUGGAGCAUGGCCUGGAGGUGGAGCCCGCCGGCCAAUUCAUCCUUGCGGCCUCCAAGCACUUGAGGGCAUCUCCAGAUCAGGAAGUGCCCCGAGAGCUUCAGGCAGCAGCAAGCAGCACCCUGGCCACCUUUGCCUGCCAUCACUUCCAUCCCAUAAUGAUGGAGCUCCAGCACCAGCUCAAGCCGUUUGCGCCGCCAGAUGAGUUCACUCUCCUGACCCUGGGGAAGAUCGCAGCCAACAAUGUGUACAGCUGCGUCCCUUUCCUGGGCAUCACCCUAACCACCCUCCAGACUGCCAUGCGCCGGAUUGAGGAUGGACGGAGGCGCAGGGCUCUCUGUACAGCUCUGGAGCAGAUGUGUGGGGCAAUCCGGAUAUACCUGCGGACCUGGGAGCGAAGCUCUUACCCCCGCAUCAGUGUCCAGCAGUUCUCUGCCUACCUGCUGCCUCUCUACUCCUGCAUGACCCGAACUUGGCUCCCUGGAUGUGAUGCACAGGUCCAGCUGGCAGUCUUGAAGACUCUGAGCCCCAUCCUGCGACUCCUGCUGCCCAGGACAGACUUCCAGGCUCAUAUCUACAGCGACAUCUCUCUGCUCCUAGCCCAGUAUGAUAGCAGCACGGAGACCUUCCUUGUCACAAAGAUCCUGGGCCAGAUCCUGGAAGCGUCUCUUGUGAACAACAACCCAAUCCCAAGGGAGCAUGUGGGGCCCCUCACCUGUGCUCUGGUUCGCCAGAUCUGCAUCAGGGGACAGAAAUGGCCGCCUCACCCGCAAUGUGAGGAGAACUUCAAAGAGAUCGCUCGCAUCUUCCUGCGCCUGGCCCGUCUGCACCCCUCUGGGCUGAUGGGGGUCUUCCAGGGGAAGGUGGAGGAGCGCCAAGAAGACGUCUGUGCGGUGCUCCUGGCAUUGUUCUCUGAAAUUGUCGGUGCCCAGCUGCCUGAGCUCUGGAGCAGGAGGCAGCUGUGCGUGAGGGUAGUCAAGGCCGCUCUAGGGGACGACAGCACCAGGGUGAGAAGGAGAAGGGAUUUGAGACAGCCAGCAGCAGGCCCAGGGACUCAGUCCUCCAUGUUUGAUGUUGAGUCAUGUGCCGUGGGUGGGACAGGGCCCCCAAACACUUUGAAGUGCCUCGUGGUGCACCUCUGCCCCUCUCGGGUGGCAUGGGACAUUGUCUUUCCCUGCCCGCUCUGGCUCUCAGGUCCGCCUGGCCACGCUCCGGGCCAUUGGGAGGCUUCUGCACACCAGCUACCUGGAGAGAAUCGAAGGCUGGCCUCUGAACUACAUCUCCCUGCAGAUGGCUGUGUCUGCCCACCAGCUGGUGAGAGCGCCCAGGGGCGCUGCCCUGCCCUUAAGUGGCCUGGAGAUUUCAGGUCAGUGGGGAGGGGGGUUGGGGGCCAUCUCAGGAGCCUGUUCCUCUUUCAGACGCACCCCACACUGAGCCUCCCCUUGGGCGGCUUGGAGGAGAAAGCCAUCGGAAUUGCCAGCGCAGAGGUCCUUCACAUCGCUGUGGCUUCAGGAAGGGGCACCAGCCAGGAAUUGUGGACCAAGUUGCUGAGCUACCUCAUGCAGCCCCCCUACAUGGCUUUAGUCACCCCCCUCUGCCACGCCUUGAGACUGCUGGCAGAGCAGCGACUACGUCGGGUGGGCCACAAGCAGAAUGGCCUGGGGACAGGGGGUUUACCAACUCCACAAGAAUUGAUGGCGCGGCUCCUGGCCCUCGCUGUCUUCCCCUUGGAAGGGACUGGCCGAGGGGCUGCCGUGCUGCUCCUGAUGAACGCCCUACGCCCAGAGGCCUACAGGGAUGUGGGGGAGCACUGGUGGGUGGAGAUACCUGCCCUGGUCCGCUACCUGGAAGGCCACAGCAAGUACACGCUGGAGCCCGCAGCCUGGGAAGCCAAACUCUUGGAGUUCCUGCAGAAGUCCUUACGGAGGAGCGAAGCGGGAGGCUGGAACCUGGUGCUGGGGAAGGAACUCUCCAAGCAGCUGAGCACCUACCACAACUCCUCUGCGGAGAAAGGCUUCCUCUACAAGGCUUUGGGGAUGGCGCUGUCUGCCGCAGGGGACGCGGAUGGGGUGGCGCAGACACUUCUGGAUCUGCUGCUGCACACAGAUUACACGGAGGAAGCCCAGCGAAAGGGGGUUUGCUGGUGUGUGGUCUAUUGCGCUGAGGGACAGCUGACGGCUGUGCUCCAGACCCUGAGUCGCUUUGAGGAGGUGAUCUCUGAGGGGGAGGAUUCCGCUUACCAUCACUUUGGCCAGAGCUUGCCGGAGCCAGGGAGAGGCAGCGUGAAGAGCGCCCUCCUCCUGCUUUAUGGCAGCAUGGCGGUCCGUGCCCCCCGGGAACAGCUUCUGGCUCUGCUGGCGAGCGAGAUUGUGCCGCGGAUCCUGCGCCAUUACACAUCUAGCGGCCCAGAGUUGACUUACUUUGCGGAACUGGGCUGCCCCACUGGGCGAAAAAAGGGAGCCACGGAUGCUGAGCUGGCCCUGAGCUUCUCCCAGUGUGUGUCUGAGAUCAGCCUUUCGAUCCUGAGCAAAGGCGAUGCCCCGACCUUCUGCCUGCCCCAAAAACGCCUCCUGCUUGACCACCUCGUAGACAUUAUCAAAGCAGAGCCCCUCGACGCCCUUGUAUCCCCCGUCCGCCAGCAAGUGAUGGUUGCCCUCCGGCACUUGAGCCAUGUGCCAGAGCAGCUGAGCCGGGAGGAGAACCAGGCGCUGGCAGAGGCGGCCCUGAGCAGCGUCUUCGCUCUUCCUCCUUUGGGGCUGGCAGAGGAUGCAGGCCAGGCACCGCUGCCUUCCAGCGUUCAUGCGCUACAUACGGGUGCCCUGACAUCCCUGUCGGAGCUGGUGGAGACUCUGCUAGAGGAAGAGGUGGUGAGGGUGGAGCAAAGGGAGAGUGCCAAUUUGCAGUGGUUCCAACAGGCCUUCCAGCUCCUGGGGUACUGGAUGGUGUCGGAGCGGGAAUGGGAGCGCGCCCGUGCUUUGCAGCUUGGGGUGCACUUGCUUCGGGCCCAUUGCCAGAAGACCAGCGCUUCUCCACGGAUCCCCCCGGAGCAAUUCAGCCGCCUGGCUGGGGCGCUGGGGCCUUUCACCUGUGACGUGCUGGGCAGCAUCCGGCAGGGUGCCGUCGACUGCAUCAGGGUCUUGCUAAGCACCCAAGGCACCCAAAGGCCAAGGGGCCGCUUGGUGGCCUGGCAGCUCCACUGCAUCCAACGCAAGCUCCGGAGCGAGAGCAGCCCCCGGGAGGUGCGCACGGCCUCUCUCCAGCUGGCGAAGGUUGUCAGCCGCGCUCUGCCCCCGCAAGAGAUCCUGGCCUUCCUGCACACCUUGCUGGAGCAGCUGAGAGCCGUGAGCCCCACCUGCGACCAGGCCGUCCUCCUGUGGUUUGAGGUGGUCGUGAAGGAGCAGAGGGCAGCCUUGAAGGACAAGAUCCCCGAUCUGGUGGCUGUCAUUUGCUCCUAUGUGCAGCAAUCAGAGGAUGCAACUCAGCGCCAUUGCCUGGCCCAGGCCGUCUGUGUGCUGACGGAGCGCCACUGCAGGGCGGUCUGUGCCACCCUCCUUCAGCAGGCCCUCCUCCCAGACAGGGCAAGGAUGGAGCUUUUGGUGGCUGUAGCAACACACAAGGAUAACAGCGAACCUGUCCUGAGGCAUCUGCUCAACGUGGUGAGAGGCGAAGGAAGGGGCACCCCCAGCUACGUCAUGGCUCUUGUGUCCCUCCGGGAGGGAGUCCUGGCUCCGGAGGGCUGCAGCAGCCAGCUCCCGCUGCUCUCAAAGCUGUGCCACGCUCUCUUGUGCCAACUCAGCAGCACGGACCUGAAUACAGAGAUACCCGACCCUUCUUCUCUGAAACGGAUGACGUGCAGCAGGAUGGUGCCGCUGGAGCCCCGCAGGCAGGCUGUGCUGGUGCUACAGGCUGUCCUCAGCAGAGCUCUCCCGGAAUCGGCGGGGGAGAUGGAUGUCUCGGGAGACACCUGGAGCUUCCUGAUGCAGCCGGGCAGUUACCUGAAGGGUGUCGCCCUCUUAGCCAGGUCCAUGGCGUGGUCACAGAACCCACUCAUCGAUGACCUCCUGCGUCACCUCCUGCCCCAUCUCAGUUCCUCCAGAACAGCCUACAGAGACCUCAGCCUGGUCUUCUGCAUGGAGAUCCCAGGCCACUCUUUGCUUCACACGCCAGAGAUGCUCGCCCUCCUUCUGCAAGAGAUGCUGGCCAGGUCCCAGGAUGGCAGCACCACCCUGCGAGCCCUGGCGCUCCGAGGCCUGGGGAACGUGGCAACAGAAGCGCCCCAUGAGGUGAAGAAGCACCAGGAGUCUUUGCUGGCGACUCUGCUCCAAGCUGCGGGCAACGGCGCCAGCCCUGAAGUGGCCUGUGAGAGCCUGUGUGCCCUGGGCAAGCUGUGGGGAUGUAUCGGGAGACGGCACAGAGUUCGUGCUCUCCAGGCCGUAGCUGGCCUGGCCCGUGGCCACCUCUGGCAUGUGGAUGAUUCCCUCCGUGAAGCAGCCUUUGAGCUCUUGGGCCAGCUGGCCAGGGCAACUCAGCCGGAGGAGGCCAAGUCCUUUGCCAAAGAGGUGGGGAGGUCUUUGACUGCCCUCCUGCUGCACUUCAGGGAACCCAGCCCCACUGUGGCCAAGGCCUGCUCCAUUGCCUUCACGUCAUGUGCCCCCUUCGUGGGCCUGCAAGAUCUCACAGGGGACAUGGAGGCUGGGCAGCUGCUGGCGGAUGUCUCUGGUGCACGUCACAUCCACUUGAUGGGCAAAGUGUGCCGACAGCUGGCUAAGAUGAAUCCAGUGCUCUUGGGGGCCAUCCUGGCUGAUGUGCCCCAGUACCUGUGCUGUACCUGGGAAGGAGUUCAGAUCGCAGCCUGCAAGCUGGCCGGAAUCCUUGUGAAGACAGCGGACGCUCAGCGCCUCCGACAGCUGGAUCUGGACCGGCUCCUGCCCUCCGCCCUCUCUGCCGUGACCCCAACGCUGCUGUUGAGAUUGCUGCCUCAGAAGCCCUCCAUGCCACCCAGCAGAAAUGCCAGCAGAGCCAGGCUAGCUCAGCCCGGAGCCGCAGAAGAAGGCCUCUGCUGCCCAGCUGGUUGUUUGGCCGGCAACGUAAAGGUCCCAGGCCUGAGAGCCGGGGGGCUGGGCCUACCUGAGGGGGAAGCCUUGGAAAGCAGAAAUAUAUAUCUAUCUCCCCUUUUACGACUGGUGUCUCCUUCAGGCUGAGGGUAAAGUGGCAACCUCUUGCUGGCUUAAUCCUCCUAUCUAGAGACUUAGCACGGCAGAGAGCGUUAUGGGGGCCCCAUGGGGAACACUGAAGUGGGAAUCCCACAAGGAGGUCUCAGCUCAGGAAGAGAACAGAACAUGCCAAAAGGAGGGCUACCCUUCCACCAGAACCUCCUAUCCCUGUUGACUUCAGCUUCACUGGCCCCAAUUUGCCACAAGCACAGAAUUGGGGAGCUCAGGAAGGUGCACCCUCUGGGAUUCCAAGGACAAGCUGGGGAAUGGGGUGAAUGGCCCAGGAAAACCUGGAUUGGGGCCAGGAAUCGGAGGGCUGCCAGCUGUUCAGAUCCACCUUUGUCUCCUACUUUCCCUGUGAGAUCCCCCCCCCUUGUUCAGCAUUUUCUCUGGCACACACCCCACUUUGGCCUGGCUGGCCCCAAACAGAUGGAUAAGUGUCGGCCUUGUCCACAGAAUUCAUAGAAUCCUAGAUCCAUAGGGUUGGAAGGGGUCUGGGGGGGUCAUCUAAUCCAGCCCCCUACAAUGUAGGAAUUGCAGCUUGCCUGGCACCUGCUAGUGGCUUGUCGUCCUAUUUUUAUUAUUCUCCUCCUCCAUGUGGGACAACUUUCCUUCCCAGAGGUUGUGCCAGCUUCAAAACAGGUGAGGGAGCUCUGGCUGUGGGUCAGAUGCAACAGACAGGGGUUCCCCUAUCUGCAGCCCACCAACUUCUCCCCUGGCCCCCAUUUUCUC